CUACCUUUUCCAGAUGAGAACAUCUUGCAGUCAUGAACAUCAUAAAUACUCUCCUGUUUUUGCUGUUUGCCCUUUUGGCUGGGCUGAUUUUGAUUUUUGGCUUGAUUGUAAUGUUCUGCAUACUGAUUUUCAGCACCAGGCUGACUUUUACAAUUGGUGAGGCCAAGAUGGUCACCAUGUUUGAAAAAGGAGCUACUGAAUUUACCCAACCCAUUCCAGCUACUAAAUCAGAAGUUACCCACCUAAAAAUUGAAUUUGACAAAGCUGAGCUGAUUGCCAAGCUGGCCAAGGAGAUUGCUCCUGAUUACUGCCUGAAUAUGAAGAUCUCUCUGAAAAAUCAGACUUUGGCUGCCAUCUCACUGAAAGUGGAGCCCAAAGACAACACUUGGAAUGCCAAAGCAAACAUCCAAAUCAAGACUGACACCCUGGAAGACAGUGAACUUGAUGAGCAAAGAUUCAUUUUUACCUGUAAACAGCUGAAUGGCACCUGCACCUUAACAUCUUACAACAUCCAAAACGAACCUUCCUUCCAGCAGCUUCAGCUGAGUGAUAUUGUACGAGUCAUCUUGCAGGCAUUUUAUGGCCCCCUCAAAGUACCAUCUGAUGUGCAACACACUGAUCCCAGGGGGAAUAUCAAGACUGAAGAGGUAGAAGAAAGCUACCAGAUAAGUGAAGAGUGAUCCUAUCCUAUUCACGUUAAGAAACGUGUGACCAUCUGCCAGAACUGACCCUUCAUAGACUUCAGUCACUGGGGGACAAGUAUAAAACUUUCUGGUCUGUUUCUCACCAGUUUGCAAAAAAA